UCAACAGGCAGCUGCAUGCUCCUCGGCACAGAUGAGGAUGGAUAAGAGGUCUCGGAGCAAUUCCAGGGAGUCUCAUAGGAGACGUAGAGAGUCCCCAGUUACACAGAGCAAACGAGAGAAGAAGGAGAGCAGCAGAGAAGGUCGCAAAGGAAGGGGAGACAUAAAGCAGGAGAAAGCAAAGGAGAUCAAGAGCACCACAGGGACUGACGGUAGGGUGCACACAUCCACGGUGGUGGAUGUGGAUGAUGUGAUAUCUGAUGAAGAAAUGGAGGCAAUGGCGUUGCUGGACAGCGAGCAGCAAGAGGAAGGUGUAAACUCUCCGGGUCUGGGCAUCUGUGAGUGGCUUCUGACCAUCUUGUCUUUCCUGUUCAUCAUAAUGACCUUCCCCAUUUCCGUCUGGUUCUGCAUGAAGGUGGUGCGGGAGUAUGAGAGAGCCAUUGUUUUCCGACUUGGGCAUCUCCUUCCUGGCAGAGCCAGAGGACCUGGCCUUUUCUUUUUCCUUCCCUGCCUGGACACAUAUCACAAGAUAGACCUCCGCCUCAAAACCCUAGAGAUCCCCUUCCAUCAGGUGGUGACCAAAGACAUGGUUACCUUGGAGAUAGAUGCUGUCUGCUACUACCGGUUGGAGAAUGCCUCUCUUCUCCUCACCACCCUGACCAGCAUCUCCAGUGCCAUCCAGCUGCUGGUGCAGACCACCACGAAACGCCUCCUGGCACAUCGAGCCUUCUCUGAACUUCUGUUGGAGAGGAAGAGCAUCAGUCAGGAGAUAAAGGUUGCUUUGGAUGCGGUCACGGGCUGCUGGGGGAUCAAAGUAGAGAGAACAGAAAUCAACAACGUGCAGCUGCCUGCUGAAGUCCGGCAGUCCCUGGCUGUGGAAGCUGAGGCCCAGAGACAGGCCAAAGUGCGGGUGAUCGCUGCUGAGGCGGAAAAGGCUGCUUCUGAGUCCCUGCGGAUGGCAGCUGAGAUCCUGUCCAGUGCCCCUGCUGCUGCUCAGCUCCGUUACCUCCAUGCUCUGCACUCCCUUACUGCAGAGAAACCUCCUGCUUUCAUCUUGCCCUUGCCUUUGGAUGCCAUGAACUUGGUCUCUCCGGCUACCCACAGUCCUCCGGCAGUGAGCAGCCUCCUCACAGCUACCACAAAGCUCCCAGAAAGCUCGGAAGACAAGAAGGACUCACCCAUGCUCUAAGACCUGUCCCAGAAAUGAUUGCCACACUGCCCCUGGUCAGUCCUGCUCAGAGAGGGGCAAAAAGGCUGAUGUACUGGCAGCCCACUGGCAGGUCCUGUUCUGGAGGCCUGAGGGAAAGCAGCCCAGGCCUGUAAUAUAGAGUGGAUUGUACACGGAAGAAGCCUCUGCUUGUUUUGGAAAGGGAAAAAUACUGAUCACAAGGAGCAGGUCUGGCAUGUAUGUGAGCAGGGGUUGAGGGAAGAGGGGUGUCAUCCCUUCCCCUUCACAGGGCCAGAUGCACCCUGGCACCCUUGGGCCUGACCCCUGGGUUCGAUCCAUCCUUGCCCCAUCACCUUGGCAGGAGGGACAGACUAGCCCGUAUGUACUCAAACUCCCCCACCCCAAACUGAACAGCCGGGCCGGCAGGGGUGGGAGCCCGACAACUGGUGGGGGAGCAGGAAGGGGCUCAGCACUCAGGCAGGUUGGUGGGUGCUGCCAGCCUCAUUCUUCUGUGAUGAGGGAACAAGCUGGGUCCCAGGCGUAGUCCUGGAUAUAGGAUUUCGAUCACCACCCAUGCACACAUGACACACACAGGCAACACGGGUGUUUUGCCCUGGUUCUAAAACAGGAUGAAAAGGAAGAGGAGAACAGAGCAGCUUUUAAGGCUUGGCACUUCCCUGCAAGGCACAUCAUCUGUGCAGAAGAAAGGCAGGCUGUGCUGCUGCUUGCUUCCACUGGGGGGUGAGGCAGGACAAGAUCUGAGCUUGUGGGCAUCUCUAAACAUUUUAGAGGUGAUGGUUUAACCAGCUCCCACUGAGCAGCCAAGAGGGCAUCCAGCACCGCUGGGAAAGAGCCAGUACUCGAGAACAGUAAUACCUUUGCCUGCUGCAGCUGCCCUGGUAACCUCCAGACACAGUGAAGGAACAGAGAAAGUCCUCUAAAGUCCUAUAAUCCUCAGCACUCCUGUUUUUUCUGCCAAAGGCUAUUUGAAAUGACCAGGAACCUACAAAUACUGCAAUCGUUUCCCUUGGCAAAAAUAUGGGGGACUGUCAAAGGAACUACCACUGCAUUUGGUUUCUCUGAUCCUGGUGCCCUUUUGGAUGUCAGCUCUGCUGCUGCCCUUUUACUUGACCUGCAGCAUCUCCCCUUGCUUCAAAGCAGACCUCUCUCAUACGGCCAUUCCCAGGCCCAACAUUCUGCUGCUACUGGUCUGUAGAGGCCAAGACAGAGGGCACUUUGUGGCCCUUCUCUUAAUUGCCCGCACAGUAGCUGGCCGUCAUGCGUGUGCCUAGCAGGGGUCGCUCACUCUUGCAUUUUCACUCAUUUUAUUCAGUUCCACUUUCCCUGCUGGUAACACUCACGCACAUUGGCACAUAUCAUUGGUAAUACUUCUGUUAAAUGCAGCUAUGUUACGAGGAUAGCUGGUUAAUACUGGCUUAAUACUGCUGCAAAGGACAAGGAUCCCACUUCUACUAAGUACCACAUAUUCUGUGUUUAAUCAGCCCCUUCAGCUCCCUGGAGUCCUCUUCUCAACACUCAAUGCACCCAUAAUGCUCGCUCCACAAGUAUUUGCCGGCCUUUUUACAGCAAGGACUAC